GAUCUCUUUCAACCGCAAGUCAACGAAGGCUCGCACUAUGAAGCCAAGGUCCUUGAAUAAGGUCACCAUGAACUCCACAUCAAGGGAAGAAUUCGUUCUUGUCUGUGGCAGGAAGUUAGUCCUACUAAGCAACCAUGAAUUCCGGCCCAUCAGCAUCUGCCGGUACAACGCAGACUCCUGCGUUUACUGAAAAGGAUUGUUGCUUAUUUCGUCUACUUAAGAUGAUAAAUACUGUUGCCACCUCAGCACUACUUUUUGUCUUGAACUGGUGCACCAAAGGUCAAAAAAAUGAAAAUGUGACUUACUGGUAUUUUUUCACUAAAGUAGAAGGUUUUUCCUGGACAAAGUUGAAGGAUGAUUAUAAAUUUGAUAAAACAAUGAGGCAAAUUUUGCAAACUAAGCCACCAGAGGAGUUUGAUGUUUCAUUACUCUGUGCUUGCCUCAGGUUUGCAUGCCGUACUAAGACUGAUGCAAAGGAAUUUCUUGAUCAUGUAAAGUCAGUUAAGGAUUAUAGAAAUGAUGUUAUACAUGAAGGACUGGAUGAUAAUUCCUCCUUCAGGCCUAAAGUAGACAAGCUAGAAAAGUUUCUGAUAGACCUUGUAGAAAAAGCUGAGAAAAUGUUUGAUAUUCCCGCAGAUGAAGUUUCUACUUUUGUGAAUACCAUGAAGAAUAAUAUCAACAAAAUUUGUGCUGAACGUUUUUCACCAGCAGAUAUGUCAGAGUACAGAAAUGAGUAUCUUCAAGAGAAACUUAAGAGUGUCGGUAUAGCUAACCUUAAAAGUUUUUACAAGCAGUUGGAAUACAUUACGCCACUGCAUUACCUGAAUGAGAAUAUUCCCCUUUUGGUUAGCAUGGUUUAUAUACAACUAGAGAUCGUGGAAGCGGGUAAGGGCAGUAAAGGGCAGCAGGUCAUGUACACUGACUUGUUUAAGAAUAUGUGUGCAAACCUAGGAGGACAGCCAAGUGACAAAGCCAAUGUCAUCUUAGUUGAAGGCCCAUCUGGAGUUGGAAAAACAACAUUGACCAGGCUGUUGAUUAAUGGCUGGAGUCAGGGGGACUCCAACAUUGAAGGUCUUGAAGAUUUUGACAUUCUGCUGUUUGUUGAGUGCAGAGUGCCACACAUUGAGAAAUUCUCUGAACUCUUGGUCUCUUUGAUGCCAGAUUUUGCCAUAACAUGCGAUGUGGAUGAAAUGCUGAAACAGUUGCUCAGAAAGAAAGUGCUUGUGAUUGUAGAUGGCCUUGAUGAGAUGAACCCCUCAUCCAAAAAGCUGUUUCAAGAGAUCCUCUACAAGGCACGGACUUCUAACUUGAUUGUUUUGGCCACCACUCGGGCAGAGGCACUCAAGACGUACUACAAAAUUGUUCCAGAGGGCAUAUACACUACACACAUCAAGAUCAUAGGGAUUCCUGAAGACAAAAGAGAGGAGUUUGCCGUCAAGUACCAUGAAGAAAUGAAGAAGACCAAAGACUAUGGGUGUGACACAAAAGGUCUCAUAAAGUAUCUACACAGAAUGGGUAUCAACCUUACAGAGUAUUGGCGCAUUCCCCUUCACUUGGCUAAACUGGUGAUGCUGUGGGUGUUGUGGCCAGACAUUCUGAAUGCAGUAACAACAGUAACGGAGCUGUUUAAGGAAACUGAAGUUCUUAUUGAUGAAGAACUUACAGACAGACUAACAAAAAAUAAUAAAUGUAAUGACCAACUUCCUGAAGAUAUUGCAGAAAAGAUCAAUGACCAAUUUCGACCAGAACUGUAUAGGCUAGCUUUGUAUGGACAGAGAGAAGAAGGGUUGAUUUUGAGUGAUAAAUCUGAGAAGACAUUGAAAAAGGUAUGUGAGGACAUGAGAUUGCCGUGGCCACAAGUGAUUGGAGCAUUCUUUGUACAGAGAAGUAUGUGGACAAGGACAGGCACUGUGACCAAAUAUAGUUACUCUCAUAGAGGGACACAGGAUUUUUAUUCGGCACUUCACAUACUGAAUGAACUCAAGAAACCAAAGGAUGAAGCUUGUCCUGCAGGACAAAGAAUUAGAUGUAUAUUGAAGGAUGUUUAUAAGUCUAAUCCAGAAAAUUUCACGCUAAAGAAGUUUCAAGAAGUAUUGACACACCUGAUCAGUCUUUUGUACGAAGAAGGUGAAAUCAGUAAUCAAGAGACGUCAGAGGAAACUGUUCAGUUGUUGGAAGAAUCUGGCAUCAAUGACAAACAGGCUUGGCUUGAUAUCUUGAGCAAUGUCAAGGCCAGUGAUACCAUCACCAGUUUGGUUUCAAAGUACGUGCCAGAUGUGAUGAACUUGAAAAGCCAUAUCACAAUAACUGAUGCUCAGGUCCUUGUCUACUCAAAGCUAAUCUCCAGAGCAAGCCCUCAGAAAGUAACCAUCAGUCUUGCAAGGAGUCCCAGCAGUGUGUCCAAUCUGCAGGACCUCCUCAAGUCCAUGCUUCCCCUGAAAUGUGAGAUGGAAGUCUAUUUUCAUAGUGACUUCCUACAUCCUACCACUGCCAACUGCACAACUGAUCUGCCACUGCUAAAGCUAUUUGAAGAUGGUUCCAUCACAAAGUACAUGGGUUCUGCAAGGAAGGUAAUCUUGACAAGGCUUCCAGACAGUGUUGAGAUGUUAUAUAUGUCUGUAGCAGACCAAAGUCAGCUUGAAGAUUUGAUGUCUACAGUCAUUAGGCUCAGAAGAUUGGAAUGGCUUUGUAUUCAUGCAGCAGCAGGAGUGGAUUUGGGGAGCCAGCCAAAAUUGUCAACCAUGAACCACAUCCUCUAUGAGGGUAGGGAGGAUUCAUCUGUCAAGCUGACCAUUAAAAAACCCACAAGCGGCCUCAUCAACAAGACCCACUUGGAGGAUAUCACAGACGUUCUUGGAGACAAGAAAAUAGUUCAGGUGGAUCUUCAACUCAGAGAUGAUUGGUGCUUGGUUACUGAUCAAAAGAUCAUCAGGGUCACCACUACAAGCAGAAGCUCCUUUGACAUGUCAAAUCUUAAUGAAGUUGUGACUUUCUUCAUGGCCCAUGGGAAUCCAAAGUUAAAACUCUACUUCAAGACCAAAUCCCAACAACAUGAAAGCACCAGUACUAUCAAUGAAGCUAGCAGAGGGAGCUGCAGCAGCCAGAGCACGGUAGCAAGAGGUACGCCUUAUUCUGCCGCUACCCUUAAAGAUUUGAUCUCAAGCCUCUUCAUGCAUAUCAGUUCCCUGUAUAUUCAUGUCAUGCCAGAAGUAGAUCCCUCAUCCUUACAGCCGUGUUUACUGCCCAAAGCCCCAUCAUUGGUGCUGCCCAGCCUCCAGGACAACUCGGUAUCAUGGGCAGUUCAGGUCAUAGAGGCCCUGAAAUCUGAUUCCUGUUUCAGGUACCUAUUCCUGCCGCAGGUGAAUCUGAGUGAGGCUGGAUACGUGGAGCUCUUAAGGUCUAUCCGUGUGAAGUGGCAUAUUGUGGCUCCAAUCAGCUGGCCCAGAAACAUAAGAUCAGCCAACUUGCGGAACAUUACGUUAGAGAAACUGAAGUGUGACUUAAUCCUAUUGAGUGAUGAGGAGAUGAUGGAAAGCCUACAGAAAAUGUCUUGGUGAGGAAGAAAAGUUCAGUCACCAUGAUCUGCUCAAUCACUUUCAAGAAAUACUCGGUAUCAAUGUAGGGAGAGUCAUCAUCGAGGAAGAUUCACUGUCAGCACAGAAGGAGUUGCUUUCAAGGGAGAUUCUAUACCAGUGGAGUGGGUCUCUGAGAUAUGCAUGGAUACAGUCUUAGUUUGUGCCUUUGAAAUGGACCUAAAAGAUAUGAUGUGGCCUUAUUUUUUAUUUUUUGCCUUAAUUUGCACAAGAGCCUCCAGACACCACAGUACAAAGUAACAUGCAGUUAUUUAAAUUGUGACUGGACUGAUAAUGGUGGUAUGACACGCAUCUCUAUGACAAGAGGGCAUCAGAGGGUUAAGAAUUUCAGUUGCUUGGCAUUGGGCCUGAGUGCAAGAGAUAUUGAUAAUGUGCAAUAGGCAAAAUGCUGUACUGUAUGUAUAGAGAAUUUCAAGUAAUAAACGAAAGCAGUACAAAAAGUAUGUUUAUCGGAAUUGUUCGUAUAUUUGUUUAUAUUGGCUGUUGUGCAUCCAGAGCUAAAGAUAGGAAUGAAUGUUGAGUGAAUGUCAUCUGUCUAGAGGUACCCAUAUAUAACUGCAAUUAAAAGUUGUCCAGUUACUUCACACUUGCAACGAUGUUAUUGGAGAGAGAGUGUGUGUGUGUGUGAGAGAGAGAGAGAGAGAGAGAGAGAGAGAGAGAAUGAAUACAUUAUGAAAAGGCCAGGGUGUUUUUACAAUGCAGAGUUCUGAAAGUAAUGGCAUACAGCAGGAAGACACACCUCUGAAGACAUACAAAGAUAAUGAGAAGUAAAACAUGUCCCAGGCAUGUUAGCUUUUAUUAUAUUAUUGUUACUUAAAUGCACAGAAAACCAUCAAAUUUAUGAAGGGAGUAUAUACAUAAUAUCUUUUACGUAGUAUAUUUAAAAAUUUUAUCUCCUCUUUGAUAUGAAUUACAGUGUGGGAUUUUAUCACAUGUCUUAUUUUUUUUUAUUCUUGAAGUUUAGUCUGUGCCUUAUGAUCAUAUUUCUCAAUGAAUUAUACAAAAAGAAAA